CUAGUUAGUCAAAAUUUCUCACUGGUACAUUUUUUUGUUCUAAAAGAAGAAACAUCUUUAUCAUAUAGCUUCCUCAAAUUUCAGAAGGGAAGAGAGAAUGAUUUCUCUCGACUGAAGAUCCCCCACUCUUCUUGCUCUGCUUUCCUUGCCGCUAUUAUUAUAUUCAUUGCCCAACCUCCCAUUCCCUCUUUUACCCCAUUUUUCCAUUCGUCGCAGCCUUUUUUGCCCAUUGCUUUGAACCCAAACACAAAAUCCCGGCAACUCAGUUUUAAACCCACUUUCCCAUUGAGCCAAAGUCAAUAAACCCACGAUCCAAUUGUAACCCAAGUUUCUAAUAGAUUUCUUUUUGAGUUUUAAGUUGAUAAUUGCUGUGGUCUUUUAGUGCGGAGGGGAAAUUUUUGUUGGUGCUUUAACAUGAUGGAUUUUUCAUGGUUGAGCACCAUUCUAGUUGGGGCAGGAUGCCUUGCCUUGGGGUACUGCAUUGGUAAGCGCCAUCCUGCUUGUUUGUUUUUCUCAUCAAGAGGAGCUAAAGAUACUACAAUUUCUAAAGCAAAUAAAAAGAAGAACAAAGAACCCUUUGAAAUUGAAAAGUUGGCUGACAUUCUAGAGGAUUUUAAAAUGGUGUUGGUUGUAAGAAAUGAUCUUAAGAUGGGUAAAGGGAAAAUUGCUGCCCAGUGCAGCCAUGCGACUUUGGGUCUCUACAAGAAACUCCUUCAUCGAGCACCAAAAGCUUUGGACAGGUGGGAGAUGUGUGCUCAGCCAAAAGUGGUUGUGAAAAUCGACAGUGAGGAAGAUAUGCUAGUUUUGCAAGAGAGGGCAAAAUCGCUAAACUUACCAACCCAUAUCACCAUUGAUGCAGGGAGGACUCAGAUUGCACCAAAUUCUAGGACAGUGAUGGCUAUUCUUGGACCUAUUGAAAUGGUGGAUGAUGUAACUGGCGGACUGAAGCUAUUGUAAUGGUUUCUCAGUUCAAUUGAAUCUUUACCAGAGAACCUCCAAUGGUAGAGCUUUGAGAAGCAUUUCUCCCUACAAGGCUAUGGGCAUUUUCAUCAACCUUCUUGUUCAUUAACCAACGUGAAAGACCCACUCUAUACUCUUGUCUGAGCCAGAUAUUAUUUUAGAUGCUUCAAAUUUUCAUUACAAUUUUGUGAUGAUGGCGAAAAGGUCCUGCCAUAGACCCUCACACAGUGAGCUUAAAGACAACCAGGGAAUCAUUUCUUGAAUUUGAGUACUGUUUUGGGUAUUUGGAUUAUGAAUUUGCCUGGCCUUGGCAACCUCUAAUGCUUCUAAUUUGUUGCCUUGGAAGGGUUCUUAUUUUAUAAACAUUUCAACUCAUUCACUGUUUUCUUGUUC